GUAGAGGAUGGCAAGAAAAGAUGCGAGGAAUAAGCAAAUAUGACAUGUGAGUAAAAUCGAAAAACAAAGCAUACAAACCACUUGUCUUCAACACCGCCACGACCAAAUCCUCCAAUGGCUUCGUUACUAUUUACACUUUCAUCGCCGUAACUGAAUCUCUUUGACAAUUCAAUACUCUCCAUACGUCUCACUUUCAAACAUAAAAGCAUUUAUUAUUGAGUUUUUUUUUUUGUUAUAGUACCCAAAAAGUCAAAUCUAUAUUAUACGUUCCAUAGUAUAAUAAUAAAUAGGACAACUAUCCAAAAAGCGUUUACAAAUACUUGUAUUUUCCGUGUUUUGACUUUUGUAAUAACUCUGAAUAUUUCUUCAAUCUUUUAUAUAUAAACCCUACUUUCUUCUCUCUUCUUGCUAACUUAUUCAAUACAAUUCACAUCUCAUAGAUCUCAACUACUACACUUUUGAUAAAGCAAAAACUUCAUUUCUUGAGAUUCUUUGUUGAUCCAUUUAUUCAUCAAGAUUCACUUUUUUUUUCAUAUUUUCCGGCGAGUUAUAUGGAUCAAGAGAUAGAUAUUCCUUGUUUCUUCCUAUGUCCAAUCUCUCUAGAUAUCAUGAAGGAUCCGGUCAUAGUGUCCACCGGGAUAACCUACGACAGGGACAGCAUCGAGAAAUGGCUCUUCACCGGUAAGAACAACUCAUGUCCGGUCACCAAACAAGUCAUAACCGAGACCGAUCUCACACCAAACCACACUCUUCGCCGUCUAAUCCAAUCUUGGUGUACGCUCAAUGCAUCCUACGGCAUCGAGAGAAUCGCAACACCAAAACCUCUAAUCUCUAAGUCCGAGAUCGAAAAACUCAUCAAAGACUCUUCAGCUUCGUAUCAAAACCAAGUCAAAUGCCUUAAACGGCUACGUCAAAUAGUGUCGGAGAAUCCAACGAACAAGAGGUGCUUAGAAGCCGCGGAAAUUCCAGAGUUCUUGGCAAAGAUCGUCAGCAACUCCGUCGAUACAUCCAACGAUUUGUGUCAGUCAAACAUGUUGGAGAACCGGUUUGAUUCUUCGAGGAGCUUAAUGGACGAAGCUUUAAGCAUACUCUACCAUCUCGACACAUCGGAGGAAGCACGCAAGAGUCUCUUAAACAACAAGAAGGGAACUAAUCUUGUAAUGACGUUGACUAAGAUUAUGCAACGUGGGAACUACGAAUCAAGAGCCUAUGCAGCUUUUCUCCUCAAGAAGAUUCUUGAAGUUGCGGAUCCCAUGCAGAUCAUAUUGUUGGAACGUGAGCUUUUCAAUGAAGUGGUUCAGAUCUUGAAUGAUCAGAUCUCUCACAAGGCAACGACAUCAGCAAUGCAGAUCUUAGUGAUUAUAUGUCCAUGGGGAAGGAAUAGGCACAAGGCUGUGGCAGCUGGAGCGGUCUCUAUGAUAAUAGAGCUUCUAAUGGAUGAAACUUCCUCUUCCGAGAGAAGGAACUCAGAGAUGGCUAUGGUGGUUCUUGAUAUGUUAUGUCAGUGUGCUGAAGGAAGAGCCGAGUUUUUGAAUCAUGGUGCGGCUAUUGCCGUUGUGUCUAAGAAGAUAUUGAGGGUCUCUCAGAUAACUAGCGAAAGGGCGGUUAGGGUUUUGCUUUCCAUUGGGAGGUUUUGUGCUACGCCUUGUUUGUUGCAGGAGAUGUUGCAACUGGGAGUUGUGGCGAAGAUGUGUUUGGUGCUUCAAGUGAGUUGCGGAAACAAGACUAAAGAAAAGGCCAAGGAAUUGCUUAAGCUGCACGCUAGGGUUUGGAGGGAAUCACCUUGUGUCCCAAGAAAUUUGUAUGCUUCGUUUCCUGCUUGAACAGCAAGAUAGAACAAGGAACGUAUAUGCUUGAUUGAUUCCCAUCAGAUACAAAUUUUUCUUCGUAUAAGUUCAUUCAAAAAAUAGAAUGGUUUAUUUUUGCUCAAAUUCAGAAUUUCUAUUGUCUUUGUUAUAUCUUUCAAAGGUUCAUUCAUCAUGUAGGUAGCAAGUGGGGAUUUUCUUUAUGAGAUUAUGAGAAACUGCAAAGAAAUAAAUGGAAUCACAAGUUACAUGACCA